AUGAAUUCCGUUAGAGAAGAGGACCCUUCGCGAACGAUUAGCGCCAAUUUUCUCCUGCAGCAAGACGACACUCCAAUUAGCAUCAACAUCACGACCACGACAACGACGACCACCACCACCCAACCACCCGCGACAAUUCUUCGUGAACGACGUCGACGACCGUCGUCGUACAACAGAAACGCUUCUUCCCGCCGGGAAGUCCCCACUGCCGUCAAGGCACCGUUGAAACGGCGUCGCAGGCAGGUCCGCGUCACCAGCCCGACACGCUGGAGUCUGCGGAACGCUCUGAUCGGCGGCGGGAAUCCGGACCUGAACAACGCCUUCGCAUCGCCGUUUCGAAGCCGCUCAGGCACGGGAGGAAGUAGCAUUGCUCGCGGACGGCCUCGUCGUCCUAGUGCUGCGCGACUCUGGAAUCCGAGUAACUCUACACCGCGAGGGCCGUCGUCAACGCGUCGGACACAGCAGGGCGAGGACAGGGUCAUAGCCAUCCCGCUACAACAUCCGGAUCUCAACUCGCCGCGAGAGGGCGCUGCUGCUGGGGGAGAGUAUCCGCUUCUGACGCUGCCGGAGCAGAGACAGAAGAGGCAUUCGGGAUCAACGAGGGCGAGUUUGCAGGUUGAGAGGAGUGGGAGCUCGACUGGGACGAAUAGGGUUUCGCUACCUAGGAGUGUUAGUAUUGAUAUUUCGCAGAAUAGGAGCGGUGAGAAUUCGCCGAGGGCUGAUAAAGGGAAGGGAAAGGCUGUUGAUGACGAACGAGAGGAUACGCUGAAGCAGUUGGAACAGAGGCCGAUUACGGGAUAUAGGAAGCGAGGCCAAACCAUUUCGAGUGUCGUUGCGCAGGAGACGUCGGGAAUUUCUUUUGAGAAAGGGAAGGGCAGGGAAAAUAUGUCGGGAGAUAUUGAACGUGGGCCUGAUGCCCUUGGGUCUUACGAGGAAGGGGGAACUUCGAAUCUGCCGAAUAAUGGCUCACGUACUUCUUUUCAGUCGGGAAUUGGGGCUGCUAUGUCGGAUACUAGUUCGAUUAUAGGAUCUGAUGGACCGCCUGGAAAUCCUGCUGAGGAAUGGGGCCCUCAGCACCCUUGUUUUCCACACAUGAAUCCUCAUGUGCCACUUUCGUCGCCUCUGUAUCAGACGACCCGUAUUAUUCGAAUCCGUCGAGACUGGAUGAUUGAAGGGGAUCUUGCACCGACUUUCUCGAACCUGUACCCCGAGAUUCUGGAUCCUGCGGGUGUCUCUGAGCAGGAAUUCCGCAUAUUGGUUGAGAGGGUCAAUAAUGAACUGAUACCCGCUUUCAGUCCUUGGAGUGUGAGGAACUUGGUUGAUGGUGUACUGGGACUUCUGACUGGCUGGAUAUGGGAUGAUAUGGGUUUCACGGCUGUGAAAAGCCGGUUGAAUAAUGUGGAAAGAUACUUGGAGGAGUGGAAUAGGGAGAUGGAAGGGAGGAGUAAGGAGGGUCUCGGUAGUGCGCCGAGGGUCGUGCCGUUGAGGAGGACGGGGUAUAUGAAUCUCGACAUCCAAGUCCCUGACCCAGAAGUCUCCUACCCAGUCUCGAAUCCUGCUGAUGAUCGAACCGGCACUGGGCUUUCACAUAAUACCCAAUAA